CGCCAGCGGCGCUAACUCCAGCUCCACCGCGCGACGCCGGGGCUGGAGACUGGCGGUCCUCGACGUUCUCCUGUUGCCUCGCGGCCGCGGACAAAAAGAAAAAAAAAAAAAAAAGCAGUGAUGGAGCCGAGGCUGCGGAGGAGGUCGCGGGGCCGCGCGCGCUCGAAUCCCGGCCGGGCUGCCGCGUCCCGCUCCGUGGAGCCGCACUGCGCGGGACUGUGGCUCUUCCCCAGCGCCUCGGGUCUCCGCAGCGCGCUACUCCGGAGGUCCGAGACUACGCGCCAGAUAUGCUGCACGUCGAGGCGCCUAGCGGUGCUGGAGCGCGGCGGGGCUGGCGUCGAGAUCCACCAGCUGCCGCCGAGGAGCGACGGGGCGAGGAAGCCCAAGUGUAUUAAGUUAGGGAAAAAAAUGAAGAUACAUUCAAUGGACCAAGGAGAAGAGCAUAUGCUGACUCUGUCCUCAGAUGGAAAGCUGUUUGAAUACAAUUACAGCAUAGAACACCCAAAGUUUCAAAGCAUUUUGCAAGAAAAAUAUAUAAUUCAGAUCACAUGUGGAGAUUAUCAUUCUCUUGCAUUAUCAAAAGGUGGUGAGCUUUUUGCCUGGGGACAGAACCUGCAUGGCCAGCUUGGAGUUGAAAGGAUCUUUCCUUUCACCCCCAUACCACAGAUGGUGGAGAACCUCGCAGGAGUCCCCUUGGUUCAGAUUUCUGCUGGAGAAGCCCACAGCAUGGCCUUAUCCAUGUCUGGAAAUGUUUAUUCAUGGGGAAAAAAUAAUUUUGGACAACUUGGCCUGGGCCACACCAAGAAUAGAGCAGUUCCUUGCCUUAUUGAAACACCAGACAAUAAGAAAGUUGAAUUUCUCGCUUGUGGUGGUUCUCAUGCUGCCUUGCUCACACAGGAUGGGCUGAUGUUUACUUUUGCUGUUACCUCCUCUGGAAUACAGGAAGUAUUGUUAAACUGGGAAACACCCGAGUCCACAGAGUUUUUAUUGGAGGUUCACUGCUUAGGUAUGAUUAAUUGUACCAGUGCCAGGUGGCACACACUUGCCUAUGUUUCCGAUUUGGGAAAGGUCUUUUCCUUUGGUUUUGGAAAAGAAGGACAAUUAGGAAAUGGUGGAAAACAUAAUCAGCUGAUACCGCUACCCAUGAAAUUGCCAUCAAAUGAAGAACUCAAAUUUGAAAGCCACAGCUCAGGAAAGGAGCUGAUUAUGAUUGCUGGAGGAAAUCAAAGCAUUUUGCUCUGGAUGGAAAAAGAGAAUUCCUAUGUUAAUCUGAGGAGGAAAAUUCUUUUAUUAAAUGAAGGAACUAUAAAGAGAUGGAUCGCUGAUGUGGGCACUAAGCAGUGGCAAAAUACAAAAAGGGAAAUCCGAGAGAUAUUUUCAUCUCCUGCUUGUCUGACCGGAAGUUUCUUAAGGGAAAGAAUAGCUGCUGAAACCAUGUUUAUACAUUCUGACUUAAAUAAAGCAAGAAACACCUUUAAGGAAUUAACCCAAAAGGACUGGAUCGCUAACACGGUGGUAUUCUUCAGAGUGUUAUUUGGAGAAAGAAAAUGCACUGGAACUUAUAAGAAUCCAAAGUUUCAGAAGAAAUAUUUUCUUUUAAGAGAUUCUCUGAGACCCUGUAAUUCAGCCAGGUUAAAAGAGUACUGGGCAACUCUGCAAGAAUCCACAUUCAGAAACCUGGUUCAGAUGUUUAUGAAAGCCAUCAACUCUCAGCUGCAUUACUGGACUGAAAACAAUGAGAAUAACUGUCACCUUAAAGCUCUACUAGAAAUUUUGAAAAAGCUGCAUAGGGUAAACCAAAUUAAAUAUCAACUGCCUGAAGAUAUUUUCAAACUAGAUGUACUCUCAGAUUGGCUCAAUUUUUAUGGAGAAGCAUAUAGAAGGUCCUGUUGGAAAAUGAACUUGGAUACUUCAGAAGAUAUGCAUUGUGUCAUAUUCAGUCACUUUCCAUUUGUUUUUGAUAUUCGGUCAAAAACUAAACUACUUUAUGCAGACUCAAUUCUAAAAAUACAGGAAAGAAAAAUUCGAGCUUACGUGAGUUUGGCAGGAAUUAUUGAACAAGAAGAGUCUGAAUUAGCUUCAUUGUCCACCUUUAAUCUAAGAGUCAGAAGGAAUCACUUGAUUGAGGAUGUUUUGAGUCAGCUCAGUCAAUUUGAGAACGAAGACUUGAGGAGAGAGUUGAGGGUUUCAUUUAUUGGAGAAAUUGGAUAUGAAUAUGACCUUGGAGGAGUCAAGACAGAAUUUUUCUACUGUUUAUUUGAAGAGAUGACCCGGCCAGAAUAUGGGAUGUUCAUAUAUCCUGAAGAGGCCUCCUACAUGUGGUUUCCUGCCCGGCCUAAAUUUGAGGAGAAGAGAUAUUUCUUCUUUGGGGUUCUCUGUGGACUUUCCCUUUUCAACCGCAGUGUGGCCAACAUCCCUUUCCCACUGGCACUGUUCAAGAAGCUUUUGGACCAGGUGCCAUCAUUGGAAGACUUAAAAGAACUCAGUCCUGUUUUGGCAAAGAGUUUGCAGACACUUCUGGAUGAUGAAGGCAAUGACUUUGGAGAAGUAUUUUACGUCCAUUUUAAUUUGCAUUGGGACAGAAAUGACGAAAACUUAAUUCCUAAUGGAAGCUCCAUAGUUGUCAACCAGACCAACAAGAGAGACUAUGUUUCUAAGUGUGUUGAUUACAUCUUCAACAUCUCUGUGAAGACAGUUUACAAAGAAUUCCAGAGAGGAUUUUAUAAAGUAUGUGACAAAGAGAUUAUAGAAAUUUUUCAUCCUGAAGAAUUAAAGGAUGUGAUUGUUGGAAACACAGAUUAUGACUGGGAAACAUUAGAAAAGAAUGCAAGUUAUGAACAAGGAUACAAUAAUUCACAUCCCACUAUAGUGAUGUUUUGGGAGGCUUUACAUAAAUUGACUCUGGAGGAAAAGAAAAAGUUCCUUGUGUUUCUUACAGGCACUGACAGACUACAAAUGAAAGAUUUAAAGAAUAUGAAAAUAAGAUUUUGCUGCCCUGAAAAUUUGAAUGAAAAAGAUCCCAUGAGAGCGCAGACAUGUUUUAGUGUUCUCUACCUCCCUAAGUAUUCUACUAUGGAGAGAGUGGAAGAAGCACUUCAAGUAGCCAUCAACAAUAGCAGGGGAUUUGGCUAACCCUACAUUGUAUUCUCUACCUCUGUUGGGAAAUAUUUUCAAAAUAAACAAUAAUAACUCAAAAACUGA